UACUUGCAUUUCCAUUUUCUGUGUACUGUGGGAGAACAGAUAUACAGAGUCCUACAUAGUACACAGCAGGGGCGGACUGACAACUCAUGGGGCCCCCGGGCAAUAUGGGAUCAUGGGGCCCCUGUGUCCUUGCCCAAACUCAAAAAAGACUAUGAAAAAGGUACCAGGGGCAUCUCAUGGGGCCCCCUACUGACCCCGGGCCCUUGGGCAGUGCCCGAGUUUCCAAAUGGUCAGUCCGCCCCUGGU